UGCAAGCCGCUUGUGAAUCCUUGAGUGCAUAUCGCCAAAAGUUGGAGUGGUUCAGCUGUUGGAAGAAGCUGCCACUAAGUUGAGGAAAGACUUUGACUGUGAUUCGGGAGAAAAAGACCUUGAUCGGUACGGGUUUCUGUUUAAUCGUGCCUUUGUUGAAUCGAGGGAGAUCAUGAAGGAGAAGGAUCGUGCACUGUCUGCCCUGCUUCCUUGCGUGAAAGAAGAACUAGAAGAGGUGAAAGGUGCCCUGGAAGCUUUUACAAAGCGCUGGCCUGCCCCUCUACAUGGUCAACAUCACAUCACAGUGGUUAGAGAUAAAUAUUUAAAAUAUCUGCUCAGCAUGUUUUGGGGUAUUCUUAAUGGCGCGAAAGAACAGGGGGACCUGGACGGUGUCACAAAGGACAUUCGAGAUCUCCAUGGUGUCUUUUCUGCCCUUUCGGAAACUAUAGAUAUAAGGUUUACACAGCAUCUCACUGUCACUCCUCCCAUCAUUGCAGAGGUCGCUAGCUCAAUCACGGGUGUUCCAAGAAAUUUCUAUCCUGCUCCGUUCCAGCUGCCGGUUGAACUCCUUGUGCAAAGAUUGUCCCAGAAACUUGUGGGUCUAGAUAAUCAACUUAGGGCCAUCAUAAGUGCAAUGUCAAUCCAUAAGCUUGGAUCAUGCCCUCUGUAUUCUUUCCUCUUGUUAGGUCCUCCAGGUCACGGGAAGACAGCACUUGCUGUGGCGCUUGCAAAAGAAAUGUUUGAUAAUAGGAUUGUUGAAUAUAAUGUGGCUGAUUUUACAGAAGAUGAUUUUACGGUAGAAGUUUUCUCAUGUCCGUUCUUGGUUGUUGACGAAUCAGAUGGGACUAGCGACUCGACGGUCCGGCUUAUUUCGAGCUGUGUGUUAGUGUUUGAUAAUGUUGACAAAGCAAACACCACACUCUUCGACAUUAUCCUACAGAUUCUAGAGACUAGGUCAUAUGUCAAUGCCUCUGGAAGGCAGAUUGUCUUCUCUAACACACUGAUUCUCUGUACAUCACGUGUGGAGUUUCCCAGGUGCCGCUGUGCAAGAGUAGUUUUGGAAACUUCCUUCAAGCCCCCUUUCAAGGAAUUGUUAAAAAGUGUCGGGGGGAGUACAACAACCACGGUGCGAUUGCAGUUUUCAUGAAUGUCUAACUGAUGUCAGAUUUUCCGUAAAUAAAAACUUGAUUAUGGCUUAUUCCAACUGCAUUUUGUGGGCGGCUGCUUUGUUGUACAUCCUAUUUUAAUUAAUUGAUACGCUGUUAUUUGUACUGACACAAUAUUUGUACUUUUCAGGCAGAGAAGCAGUUCAAGCCUCGGUUUUUUGAUUCUCUGUAUGACGUAAUUUUGAUCCCUUGGCUAUCUCUUUCUCAGUUUAUGUCAGUUUUCAGCAUACAAGUCUGCGAUGCAGCCUCCUUAGUCGAAGAAAAAGUGGUUGUCUACCCGUCUUCCGCCGUGUUUCGUUAU